GCGCCUGUUUGGUCUCCCGCUGCUGCCUCUCGCACAAGGAGGACGAGGAGCGGCGCCGCAAGCACCAGUACCACAACGACAGCUACUUCGACUCCGAGGACAGGUACGACGACGACCGGCACCGCCACAGCGGCAGCCACUCCGGCUCUGAGGACAGGUACGACGACGACCGACACCGCCACCGCAGCGGCAGCCACUCCGGCUCCGAGGGCGGACGCGACCGACCCCACCUCAUUGACAGCCUGUUCGGCUUCGAGGGCGGGCGCGACGACCACCGACACCACCACCACAACGGCAGCCACUCUGGUUCCGAGGACAGGCACAGCCGACGCCACCACCACAACGGCAGCCACUCCGGCUCCGAGGACAGGUACGACCGACGCCACCACCACCACCACCACAACGGCAGCCAUUCUGGUUCCGAGGACAGGCACGACCGACGACACCACCACCACCACAACGGCAGCAAUUCUGGCUCCGAGGACGGGUACGACCGACGCCACCACCACCACCACCACCACCCAACCAGUUGAAACGGGCAGCACCACCAUCAUCAGCAGCACCAUCCUCCCCCUCGUGAUCCCGGUGGUGGCCCCGCUUCGGCUGGCUGCCAUCACGGCGGAGCGGACAUCCGCAUGGGCGACUCUGACUGACCGCCGGUGCGAGGGCCGCCCCGUGACCGGCCGCGGCGGCCGAUCGGCAGCGCGCGGCGCGCCGCGGGCGGGCCCGGCUCUCGUUCCUCCUGCCACUGCUGCUGCUGCUGCUGCUGCU